GGGGGGGGUUCAAAUUUCGGUUUAAACAAAAAGUCUCGAGCUAGAGCAAGAAACAUCGCCCAAAUUGUCCACGAAGCUAUCCGCGCCACCCAUUGACCAAUGUCGUCACGUCCCUGAGAAGCUGUGAUGACGGGACCACCAUGCGGGACAGCUCAUGAAAAUCUCCGUUCGAAUUGAUGGGUCGAUAUACGGCGCGAUACUCUCCACCCGACAGUCCCAGAGCUCCUCGCCGAGAGCUGUGUUUCUGCCCACUACGCAACACAAUGUCGCAACGAAGCUCCAACUUGGCAAUAUAUCCGUCGGUCGUUGGCGCCCCAGAACUUAUGGUGCCGAUAAUACCAUUCAAGGACGCUUCAAGGUCAAGAUCUCAGGCUCUUCUCACUACUCAACAAUAACCAACCGGGGCAGUCGGAGACCACUCAACUCAUACUACUUUACUUCGCACGCACCGCAAAGCCACUGUCGAGGUCACACCAGUUCUGCUGCUCCUUCCGACUUGCCCCCGAAAGCAUUGGCUCCUCCAGCCAGAUCCAAGGAAGAACUCCUCACCUUUGUUGACCAAUACGACGACUGCAGCGUCGAGGAACAUCUCGAGUUUCUGAGGGACCCAUAUAUGCGCCGUUAUGCACCACCAGAUGCGCCAAAACUUGUGGUCUCUGACCGAGUGCAGGUGGCAUCCCCGGCGCCUGAUGAAGUGGAAUCACUCGACGACGAAGAUCAAGACAUACUCACAAAGCUUAGAUCAGCUGUCUUUCAGAAGCUAUUACGGCCACAUAGCACAGAUCUUGACACAAUUUACGAAUUAUACCGCUCACUCCCUGACCAACGAAUACCAUAUAUACCCGCGCGACUCCGACACGCGCUACUUGCCGUCUUUGGCAUUACCGAGCGAAAGAAUCCGAAGGCCAUGCUGCGAUACUUUGCCGUGGUCGCAGACGUUAAAAACAGUGGCUACACACUGACGAGAACCCAAUGGAAUACCGCCAUCUCCUUUGCGAGCCGAUACGUGGGAUCUUCAACCGAAGUUGAGGCCGAAGCUGCUCUGCACCUCUGGCGUGAGAUGGAGCACGACGCGGGCAUCAAGGGCAACGAGGCUACAUUCAACAUCCUCUUCGACGUUGCGUCCAAAGCUGGGAAAUUCUCUCUCGCCGAAAUGAUCUAUCAGGAGAUGAGCACGCGUGGCUUUCAAUUCAAUCGUUAUCAUCACGUCAGUCUGAUCCACUUUUUCGGCCUCAAGAUGGACGCCAGCGGAGUCAGGGCUGCCUACAGGGAAAUGGUUGAGGCAGGCGAGAUAAUAGACUCGAUUGUUCUCAACUGCGUCAUUGCCGGCCUUGUGCGGGCAGGCGAGGAAGAUUCGGCUGAGCGCAUAUACGUAAAAAUGAAGGCGUCGGAUGAAAGGCAUAAGAUCAUGCCCGACCGCAAUUAUGUCAUGCAAAAACAAAUCACCAGGGUCCUCAUGAUGUUUGCACGGUUUGGGCGCGCCAAUCCCGAAAUGCAACCUGGGUUUCAGGGUACCGCAAUGGUGUCUCCGGAUCUUCACACCUAUCAAAUUCUCAUCAACCACCACGGUGUGCGACUGGGCAAGCUCUCGGCGGUCGCCAAGUAUCUCGACGAGAUGAAGUACUUCCGGGUCCCUCUCCACGGCUCCAUCUUCCUCGCCCUCUUCAAAUCUUUCCAUCUUCACGGCGCAACCGGGUCCGACUGGAGCUUACAGCGACUCGAGGGCGUUUGGGGCGCAUUUCUCGAAGCGUUCGACGACGGGGCCAACGGCUUGUACAUCAGCACGUGGAUGGCCAUGUGGGUUUUACGAGCCUUUUUAAAAUGUUCACAGUCCAGAGAUCGCGUCCUGGACGUGUACGAGGACCUGAGUGCGCGAUGGGAUUUAGAUGCCGAGGGCGUGAGUUUCAUGUUGGAGUUCUUGCACAAGUUGUUGCAGAAAAGCAAUUUGUCUGUAUACACUAGGCCUUCACUCCCUCAAAGACAGGGAGGAGGCAAUUAUCCAGCGUUGGGGGCCAGGAGUCUAGGAAAUGGGAAUACAUAGAUGGCGGCGUGUGUAUAUAGUGUAUACUAUGAUGGGGCUGGACUUAAUAUAGAAGUAGGCAAGGUAGGACGUGGUGGGAGAUGAUACCCAUGACCUCCUCUCUGUACGUGAUGCAAUUCAUAUGUUUAAAGGUCAA